GACGUGGCCGAGGAGAAUUCACAAAUCCACAGGGAGUAUGCUGCACAAGAGACGGGAGAAUAGUAGUUGCCGAUAGUAAUAACCAAUGUGUACAAGUGUUUAAUUCUGGAACUGGAGAAUUCCGACUUCGUUUCGGAGCCAGGGGUAGAUCUCCAGGCCAAAUGCAGCGACCAACGGGUGUAACCGUCCUUCCAAAUGGUAAUUAUGUCGUUGCGGACUACGAGAAUAAAUGGGUCAGCAUUUAUGACCCAUUCGGAAAAUACAUCUCCAGAAUUGGAAUUGGGAAGCUGUUAGGCCCAAAAGGAGUAGCAGUAGAUAGAAAUGGCCAUAUUAUCGUAGUUGACAAUAAAGGUAACAAUGUUCUAGUAUUUCAAGAAAAUGGAAAGGUUCUGUACAAAUUUGGCAGCAGGCCUUCAGAACCAGGCCGAUUCACAGGUCCUCAUUAUGCAGCAGUUAAUAGCAGGAAUCAAAUAGUUGUGUCUGAUUUCCACAGUCACUGUGUCAAGAUUUUUGACGCGGAAGGAAGUUUCUUGUCAUCAUUCGGAUCGAAUGGUGAAGGCAAUGGACAAUUUAAUGCACCCACAGGAGUGGCCAUUGACUCCCAAGAUAAUAUUAUAGUAGCAGAUUGGGGAAACUGCAGAAUUCAAGUCUUUGACAUGAAUGGUUCAUUUUUGUCUUUCAUAAAUACUUUCGGAGAUCCUUUAUAUGGCCCUCAAGGACUUGCUUUAACAGCAGACGGACAUGUGGUUGUCUCAGACUCCGGUAACCACUGUUUCAAAGUGUACAAAUACUUACAAUAACGUCCAAGGAAAUUGAUUUGUGUGUAAAUCCUUGUUUAAUUUCAUGCUUGUUUUAAGAAAAGAUUUUCUCCCCCGUUUUUGAAAGUCUAUAUAUUGCUUGAAUAAAUUAAAUUAAAAAAAAAA